GUGAAUUCUUCACCCAGUGGAACAGCUGGGAUUAGAUGUCUGUGUACAAAUCUGAUGUCACGAGUUUGACCUCUUUCUGUGCACGGAAUAUUUGUAGGCGUGUAUUUCGAGAACUCGAGGGAUAUACUAGGAAAAAUAUGUGCACCCUACGAGAUCUUUAAAGUGUAAUCCACCAAGGGGGAGUAAAUACAGUGACACACUUUGCUUGUUAGGUCAAACGUAUUUCUAUCGCUCACAACAGCUGUGGUGAUAACUCCCUAGUUGCUAGCUCAGGGUAUAAACACCAGACCUCCCCCUACACCACACAUCUACACCCACCCACACCAACCUCUUCACCACACUGUUUAGAAAUAAAUGUUAUUGGGCAGGUAAUGCGUAAUAUUCAAAAUUAAUUUGAAGGCAUGCACAACGGGAGUCGACAAACAUUAGCUACAAAAGGACUACGAAGAGACAUUAAAGCGACUAAGCUAACAAGAAAAAAAAAAAAGUUUGUUGUUGGCGUAGAUGUACUCACGCCACGCCAGCGCGUGUCGCGUCAGGUUGAUUACACUCCACGCAGGAGAGUUACACAACCUACAGGUCGCUCUACCCGCCUGCACGUCCUUCGUCCUUCCGGGUGCUUGGACAAUUUUGAUAAGUCCUUCUCUCGCUCAUUUCGUAAAAGGAAAAUACAAGCUUUAUCAUAUCAUUGAUUGGUGUAGGCGAGCAGGUUUUUUUGUUUGUUUAAAAAAACAUUAUCUAGGAGGUAUAUAAGCUAUGCUGGUAGACACUGCAGGUAGACGGAUUCAACCUUUUGUGUCAGAAGCUGGUCUAGCUGCUUUGCAUCUCAACGUUCACCGAAAAGCUCACCUGGUAUCUUGCCAUCUUCUGGUUGCAAGAGCGUGACAUUAAAUCAUUUCAAGCAGUCUGGAGAUGUCGUGCGGACUAAUCGGAGGUCACAAGCAGGGCCGGAUACACAACUUUAUCUUUCAUUAGACUCUCGUCCAGCUCCAACAGAGGUCACACCUGUCCUGUUUCUGGAAACCGUUCUUCAGUCCACUGCCUUCUCGAUCGAUCAUACCUAUGUCUGCAGGACGUGGAGCAGGUCGUCUUUGACAACAAAGUUGUGGGCGGAGCCUAGAUGACAGCCUAGAUGACAGCCUCGCAAUCGUAGGACUGUCAGCUAUUAGCAAACCUCGCGCGGUUGCGUGGUUUUUAUUUAGGUAACAUCUGCAGUAGAAGGCAAGUCGCAAUGGCUUUCUCUACCAUCUGCAUCUUGGUUCUGAUGACAGCUGCGAUGACGAGAUCAGCGAUGACUGCACCUGCUGCAAGCUUGUCUGUCAUGCGCGGACACCUUGUACGAGUCAUUUGUGACGUGAAGGCAACAGGUUCCAGUAUGAUUCUUGAAAGGAAGACAGAUGGGUGCAACGAGAUCCAAGAAGCCACUGUCAAAACCAAUGAAAGCCCGGAAUCUGAGCGACAGCAGGCGUCGAAGGAGGUAGCCGUGCAUGGAUUCAUCGACACAAACAAGAACCGCAGCUUUCUGGAGAUCAGUUUCUUAGAAUUUCUUCCUGUUGAGAUAGCCCCAAACUAUAUGUGCAAGUUAUUUGGAGAUGGUAAAGAAAAUAACACACCAAAUAAUGUCACACCCUAUCGCUUUGUUCAGGCAGUUGAUAUCUUCAGAUGCGACCUUGAGCUCGAGAAGCCAGCCAAUGACAUCUACAUGGAGAUCGUAGAGAUUAACGGCGACCAUGAGAGUUUUGUUGGUCCCAAGAAAACUUCCAUCAAGGAUGUGGAUGAAGGGAUGCAGCAGUUCAAUGGUUUGAAAAACGAAAGCGCGGGGCGGACGACGAACAUCACGGUGUUCUUGCGGACCAGCUAUUCUCUGAUCGUCGCCCAACCGGCGGAGCGUUUUAGCUCGAGCGCCAAGUACUUCUGCAGAAUCACCAGGAAUAAUGAAAUCACCCCUAGAUACUCACCUGACAACAAUCCUGCACAAUCGUACAAGGGACCGAAGGUCGUCGAUGAGGAGAGGAACUUUGUGUGGCUGGGCUAUCCCGUGCUGGGCAUCCUCCUGCUUGUUGUUAGCGGGCUGUACAUCAGAGAAAGGCGGAUGAGAUGGAGACUAACUCAAGAGAGAGGCGGCAACCUGCUAGAGCUGGGUGAUCCUCGAUAGUCUAUAAACUCUCGCCUCUGCUUGUUGUAAAUUACUUGCAGAGUGAAAAGAGCUUAAGAUAAAAGACUACACAAAAAAUUGAAUUGAAACUGCAGUAAGAAAAAAGUUGGUGUUCUUCUUGAAACCAGCUUCAAAGAACAGUGGUUGAAGCAGAAGGACUGUAGAGGACAUAAGGGACAGUCGUUGCUACCGGCGUUGUGGGCAAUCUACGAGCGGAUGAUCUCAAGGCAUCAAACCUACAGACAGCCUGACAAUGAAGUGAGACUUAUGCUAGACUAAUGUGUUACAGUAUCAUCUGCUUGUGGAUCAGCGGAAAACUCUGACACUUCACAUGUCUAGCCCUCACUGGACCUGCUUGUCCCCCAGCGCCUCUAGCGGAGGAAAAGAAGACAGGGUAACUAAACUCUUCUGUAUGCUCUGCUCAAACGAAAAAAAGAAGACGACUUUAAAAAAAUACCCACAUGGCAAGGUUAUAAAAAGAUAAUUUUGUUGUUGCUGUUGUUGUUGCUGGUGUUGUUGGAGUUAAGAAAUCAUUCCUCAAAUUCUCUGAUCUCGCACAUAAGGUCCAAUCAUAAGAUGAAUUUCGCGGCAAGAAAAUGACAUGUGAGAAUUUUCUAGAAAGCAAGUGAUUUUCAUCGAAGGGAACUGAGAGUUCGUGACUUACAUUGCUGCGCCAUUACUGCAGAAAAGGGAGACGUCCAGUUUUUACAGUACGACAUUUCAAAGAGCAACGAAUGAAGCCACAACCUAAGACAUAUUAGACACAUGUCACGAUGAUAGGAAGGAAUAUGUCUUACGGACUACAUUUACGUGUUGUUUUGUGGUUGGUCGGCCUUUUAAUGGCAUGUUAGAGAAGGCUGCGCAUGCCUGAAUCUUUUGUAUGAUCACACAGCAGACGACCUGGAUAAUCCCUGUGUAUUACCUGACCUACAGGACAGCUGUGAUAAUACGAGCUACCCGUGAGAACGACCCUCUCGGGUAAAGUGGAAAUAGAAGGAUUCAAUGACACAUUCCAUCACUUGUUUGUGUCUGCCACCAGUUUCCCUCCCCGCCAUUCACCGACCUGACCACCACUACCAACAACCUCCCCACCACCUCGCCGCCACCAUGACCACCUUCUGAUCCUAGUCAUCACUGGUCCCGUAGUCGUCGGUGGUAGUAACCAAAGACUUCCUUUACUGCUUAUUUUCUGUAAAUAUAUUGUACAGGAGGUAUCAGACGGUGCCAAAAGCCGGACCAGAAUGAGUAAUCAGCGAUGGAUCGGCUGAUCAAAAGUUUUUUGGCAUUAGACAACACGAGAUACCUUUAUCUCCAGAAAAAACGAUUGCCUCUGAGUCACAAAACAUUUUUGAGAAAUCACAAUGUGGUGCAAUCAUGUUUCUCGAGAUCUGAAAAUUUCCAAAAUUAUAAAAAAAGGACUGAAGGUCAUAUUGAGUGUCAUGUAACUCAUUUCCAUACAUGUCUGUGUGACAUAACUUGCUGAGGACAUUGUACAGAACAAUUUCGAAAACAAUUGGCAGCAUAUUCAAUUCCAUCCUUUAUCGAAAGAAAAUGUCCACAACUCAGGGUGUUUUUAAAAUGAUUUCAAUACAGUAUGAAACAAAUACUUUCUUAAAUCAUUAAACUUAAAUGUAUUUUACUUCGACUAAUAAUAAUUUAUUCUUAUGUUCAGCUCAGUACAUGGGCAAACUUUUGUCACCAUGUCCAUAUUUGUGUAUAAUUUUAUUGUGUUCUGGCCGACAUUUCUAAUACGUAAUCAGAGUGAGUCUAUGUCACUUUGUUCUAGUGAGCAAAUACUGUGCCAACCCCUCCUCUUUGUACCUGUCCCAGAAAUUAGUUCUGAUGCCCUUUGUUCCGUUACGAUUUAUAUCAAAGUUUGAGUUUCUUCAUCUCUGACUAUCCGUGUGUCACACAAUUUAAGGACUGACUACACACUACACACAAGUCGGACUGCUCUUCUCUGUUGGUUAGUAAUCUUCUCGACCUGUAACGGACCCUAAAGCAGGAAUUAAUCUAAACAGCUGAGGGAGUAGUUGUAACGUGGCGCAACAACAACGACAAGGUAACCUCUGGCACAUGACACAUGGCACAUGGCACAUGUCUACUUGUGGGUUUUCUACCUGACCCGGACGCUGUCACGUGUUCAGUACCUGUCGUCCUUUGCACCUCUCUCCACCCUGCACGGGUGGGAGAUGGGAGGUGUGUGUGUGUGGAGAGGGUAAACUCUCUUUCUCUCUUUCACCGACCGACCUAAAUCCUCACAAUCAAGUUUUAUAAUGUUCAACGGGCAGAUCAAAAAAAAAAAAAAAAAAAAAAAAGAAAGAAACCACAAAAAAACAAGCGAAAUGAUCCCACUUGCGUUGACGUAGAUGACUUACACAUAAAUUAGUUGUACAGAUUGUGUUCUGGCUGUGACAGCAGAAGGGGAGAAGUACGAGGACGAACAUUUAUUAUCAUGCACGAUCAGUGUAGCUGCCAUUUUCUCAGAAACACCUUCGCUGUGACGUGUCAAUUUUUGAGAAACACGGGUGCUAUCGAUAGAGGUGAGACUCGUCGCUAGAUAUUGCAACGGUUCGUAGGUCAAGUGAUAUCGGGACACGUGUGCUAGCCCCCUCCCCUUCCUCACCUGCCCCAUCCCCCGGUCGACUUCAGAGCCAAACUUUAGAAUAACGAGGUAGAAGUCGGGUGGCAUGACGAGCUGUCUAGUCGGUGCAUGGGGUGAGUCGGGUGGGGGUGUGCAGAGCUCACCGUCGUCAGCUCGAGUACCCUGAAGUCAAGUGUCCGUGGGCCUUGUACCACAAGUCGAGUCAAUGUGACGAUAUCGAUGUUGCUGUAGACACUAACAGCAUGGGGUCGGCUGCAUGAGCGCUCUUGUCCCUUAAUCAGCGCCCCUCUUAGAGACGCCCAUGUCGUUUGACAACUUACAGUGAAAGUGUUUUAUGAACGCUGUCAUGUUAUUCCUACUCCAUUCGAUGGAGGGAACAUAAUAAUAAACCCUAAUUUUUGUAAUUCUUAAAACAAUCUUCCAUUGUAAAUGUGGAGUAGAAUACUAGAAUGUAAUUCUGGUGAGCACGACAUAGUAAAAUAUAGUUCUGCCCAAUAGGUGUGAACUAUUUUUGAUAUGCACACGGACUCAAAAAAAGCAUAUCGCCCAUGACAGGUAUAGCCAACAGCUGACUUAAUAGGUAAAAGGUAGACACAUGUUAACACAAUUACAUACGUAAUAUGCCGUCUCUAGAUUCCCUUUAUCAUGUUUACUUUACUUACUUAGACCUUGUCGUAGUUAGGUGGGACAGAAUAGAUCCACUAUAGACAUCCAUUUUUAUCUGUCAGCAUCACGUUUACCUAUGUUGUUCUUUAUCAUGUUUGCCAUUGAUAAUUUAGCGACAUGUGAUUGACUUUUUUUUAUCGAUAUCCUGUUUUCGGCUCAAUUUUUGAUGCUUUGUUGCAGCAUUUUUUUAAAAGUAUAAAAUGAUAAUUUUUCGAUAAUGCUGUCAAUGUAUACUCAGUACUUUCUCUUGGAAGUACAGACGUUGUUUUCUCGUUUAGCCAGUUUAUUUGUUCUUUGUCACGUGACAAAUCAUUCGGAAUUCACUUCGCCUGACCACCGGAAAUAAACAUUAAUGUUUAUGCAGAAUGAAUAAUUCAUUCAACUCGUGUGCACAAUAUUGUGAAACUGGAAGCUGGUGUACACAUGUAUCUCCAAACAUUUCUAUUGUUUUUCCUUGUGAACAUAAACUGUAGACUUUUCAUUCUGAGCGACUUAUCAAUAGGGUUGUGGUGGUUGUAGGAACAGAGGAAAAUGCGACACCACCACUGACCUGAAACUCAUGGACAAACCCUGGCUGGGUCUGCUUAAAGGCGAGUAGCUUCUUACCUGUAAGACGAUACAGUCUCAGUGUUUGGUUUUGUUUGUUUGUUUGUUUGUUUAUUUAUGUAGUAUUGUUUUUGUCUUUUUUUUUUGGCCUAGGGGAUGCCCUGCCACUGCAUUUUCAUAUUUUCCAUAAUCUCUCAAACUUGCAUGUUUUUUGUUUUCGUGAACUGCUUGAGUUGUUUGUUCUCAAAAUUGAAGAAGUAGGAGAAAUGUCAAUCUGUUCAUCUUCCAUGCUGGUUUAAAUAACAUUACGAAUGGUAAGAUGGCUGCUUGGUGGUUUCCGCAAGUUACAUGACAACAGGUGCGCAGUGUCUAUCCAGUAGUUGAAGAUCCGUGAACUUCACAGCACCGUGAACUCAGUCCACCCGGGUGUCAGUAACGCAGCGACACCAGCUUCCUCCCCGCAACCCCUUUCCUGACGAAACGACUCCGGUGUCAGGUUAGGGUGUCCGCCCGGGGUAUGUUGGACUUCGUGGAAAGCUUUACUGUCUCAAUGUGCUAAGAGAAACAGCUCACAGGCUCAUUUUGAUUUUGUUGUGUGCGAUAUUCUGCGUUAUUGUGUACUGUAUUCCAUGUAUUGUGAUGUUAUAUAUGCAGUGAUAUGGUGCAUUAUAAAAGUCAUGAAUUGUGGUGUCAUAUAUUGUGGUGUAAAGCACCCCAAAAAAAUAAAAAAAUGGCAGCUGUUUGGAUUUGAGCAUGAACAUGACCACGUGUGGAAUGUAAAUAAUGCUGAGCACAUACACUUUUAAUUGCAAAAAAUAAAUAAUGCAAUAUUGUGUGAGCAAA